CCAUCAUUUUUCUCUCUCCUAAAAUCCCCAAAAUCAUUCUCUUUCUUCUUCUUCCACUCUUUUCAUCUUUCUCUCUCCUCUUUUUUUUGUAUUCUUUCACUCUUCAACCCUAAUUCAAUUCACUUUGAUUCUUCUCGAUAAUUUUAAUCCUCGAUUUUUGUUUCCACAUUUAUCAUCAACUGUUGAAUUAUAUAAGUUCGAAUUCGUAUUAUUAGAUUUCGAUCUUUUUCUUUUUGUUUGGAUAAAAUUAGUUACUGUUUGUGUUUUAGGUGGACAGCUGAGAGUUGUGAUCUGAGGGUUUUUGAGUGUUCACUAGUGACGGCGAGAUAAAAUUUAAUAUUCACAGCCUAGCUGCUGGAUGCGAAUGUAUAUGCUGAAGGCCUGAGGCUGAAAUUGAAUAGCAAAUUAAUCAAGCUGAAGGUUUCUGCAGCCUUCUAUGAGAGGGGAAUUUUAUCUUUCCGAAGAAAAUGCAGAAUACUGGCGUUCUUCCAAAGAAUCCUUCUUUAAGAGUGACAACUCAGCAGUCUGCUCGCCGCUUGAGUUUCUGUUCGCAAAUAACCACGGGACAGCACUGCUCCCCAGUUGUGUUUCCUGAAAAACGUAGUAAAGGGAAGGCUUCGCGCCGAAAUGAUGUUGCUGUUACCAACAAUGACCCACAAACCGCGAAGAGGGAUGAGCACAGAAUUGACAUAGGAGAUGAACAAUCUGACUUGUUAGGAUAUGAUGUAUUUUCAGGAAAGUUGGUUUUGGAUAAUCGGAAGACUAAGAGUAGUACUGAUGCACAAACAUCAACGGAGACGACAAACCAUGAAGCUGCUGAUGCCAAACUUACUAGCAAGGCACUCGUUUGGGGGUCAAAUACAUUAUACUUGGAAGAUGUGAUUUCGGUAUCAUAUAACUCUGGCCUUAGACAUUUCACCAUACACUCUUAUCCAAUAAAGAACCGUGCAGUUGUUGUUUCCUGUUUUAUGAAGCCUCGAAGAUGUCGGAAGGACUACCGGUUUUUGGCUUCUAACCCAGAUGAAGCUCUUCAAUGGGUUAAUGCCUUCGCUGAUCAACAAUGUUAUAUCAAUUGUUUGCCGCAUCCACUUGUAUCUUCAAAGAAACAAGCUUCAGAAUUUGUAUCUAGUGAUAUGUUUUUUGAACCAUUUGAACCUUAUAUCAAAUGUAAGAGUCCACCAAAAAUGCUUGUGAUAUUAAACCCACGGUCCGGCCGUGGCCGGUCAAGCAAAGUAUUUCAUGGAAUGGUGGAGCCGAUAUUUAAGCUUGCAGGUUUUAAGCUGGAAGUCGUCAAAACAACUUGUGCUGGACAUGCUAAGAAACUUGCCUCUACUGUUGACUUUAGCACGUGUCCUGAUGGGAUUGUAUGUGUUGGAGGUGAUGGUAUUGUGAAUGAGGUUUUAAAUGGUCUGCUCAGUAGGGAUAAUCAGAAAGAGGCCAUUUCCGUCCCGAUUGGAAUUAUUCCGGCUGGCUCUGAUAAUUCUCUUGUUUGGACUGUUUUGGGGGUCAGAGAUCCUGUUUCUGCUGCAAUAUCUAUUGUUAAGGGAGGCCUUACAGCAACGGAUGUGUUUGCAGUUGAAUGGAUACAGACUGGAUUAGUUCACUAUGGGACGACUGUCUCAUAUUUCGGUUUUAUUGGUGAUGUGCUGGAGCUCUCUGAGAAAUAUCAAAAGCGGUUUGGUCCACUGCGUUAUUUUGUUGCCGGUGUUCUCAAGUUUUUGUGCUUACCAAAGUAUAGCUUUGAACUAGAAUACCUUCCAGCAUCAACAGGGGCAACUGAAGACGGAAAAUUUCUAGCUGAUCGGGAAGUAAUUGAUAUGUCUGAUCUGUACACUGAUGUGAUGAGGAAAUCUAAUGCAGAUCGUCUUCCUAGAGCUUCCAGUUUGUCAAGUAUUGAUUCAAUAAUGAGCCCUAAUAGGAUGUCAGGUGUGGAUAUGGAUACAACUGGCAGUAGCACACGUGCCAGCACAGAGCCAUCUGAGUACGUGCGUGGCCUAGAUCCUAAAACAAAACGUCUAUCUUCUGGGAGGAGGAAUGAUGUGGCAGAACCUGAGGUUAUCCACCCCCAACUUCCACUGUCAACAACUCCCAACUGGCCGAGAACUAGGUCUAAGUCACGGACAGACAAGGGUUGGAGUGGAAUGACCACCACCCAUGAUGCAACUAGAAGCUCUUGGGGAAAUACUGGACCAGAUAAGGAGGAUAUUUCUUCCACAAUGUCCGACCCUGGUCCAAUCUGGGAUUCUGAACCAAAGUGGGACACUGAACCCAACUGGUAUGAAGAAAAUCGCAUUGAAUUGCCUGGACCACCGCCAGAAGAAGACGAAGAGGAGAAUAAGAAGGAAAUUACUCCUAGAUAUGAAGAUAAAUGGGUGGUUAAGAAGGGGCACUUUCUUGGUGUUCUAGUAUGCAACCAUUCAUGCAAAACUGUUCAAAGUUUGAGUUCUCAGGUGGUGGCACCAAAUGCAGAACCUGAUGACAAUGCCUUAGAUUUAUUAUUGGUCCAUGGAAGUGGAAGGCUCAGGCUGAUAAGAUUUUUCUUACGUUUACAAUUUGGUCGACAUUUGUCCCUACCAUAUGUUGAGUAUGUGAAGGUAAAAUCUGUGAAGAUCAAACCAGGAAAGCACUCUCAUAAUGGAUGUGGGAUUGAUGGAGAACUUUUCCCCGUCCAUGAACAAGUCGUAACUUCUCUGCUCCCUGAACAAUGCCGGCUUAUUGGUCGACCUCCCAGCCGACAAAUAUGAGGGUACUAUUGGCAAGUGUAGAUUGUUUUUCUUCAGUUUGCAGUUGGGGUUGGGUGCAUGAGUUCCCGCUGCUUCUGUGUGUGGUAAUAGAAUGUGCAGAACAUAGAUGACAUGUAAACAUUUUAGUUUUUCUUGUGAAUUGUGAUCCAUUCCCUCCUGCUAUUUUCUCAGUUGCAGUGUAAGAGCUGCCUGUAAAUUUUGUCAGAUAAUGAAUGUCCUGUUGUUGCUCCUCCAUUCUUUUUUGAUCCACCCCCUUGAGUCUCGACUACGCUCUUUGUUCGUUGCUGCUUGCAGGCUGUUAAAUCAUGUAUUGGGAAUUCUGUAGUCACCUUGAACUUGAUCCCCGAGAUAUAUGUACUAUAAAUACUAUUCGGCUGUGCUUCGCUUGAUCAUUA